AUGUCAUUGGCCCACUUCCACACUUUCCAUCAGCCUUCUUCUUCCUACACCCCUCUAGUCCGAGCAGCUACUUUCCCGACAAAGUCCGGAGUUAUCGCCGCCAAAGAGCGACUACAGCAGCUGACAGGCCACUUAAUGAAGAGCCCAAUCUGGACCAAGUUCACCGAGAAAUUCCUAAAUAAGAACGAGACUAUCAACAGCGAGUCGACUAAGAAAAAUAUGGCUGGAGAAACGUCCAAGCCAACCUUCAAUUUAAAUAGACCGAAGGUUGGGGAUGCCCAACUUCCACCGUUGCCAUCACCGCCGCCAGAACAACACAAAGAUUUUGUACACUCUACCCCACCGGUUCCACCUACAUACCGCAAAUUCACCGUCUUUACCGCUGGCAGUAUAGAACUGGGUAAAGCGAUUGAUUGGCAGCCACUCAUGGCAACCCUACUUUCGCCCCUGCCCAUCACCGUGUGCAAUCCACGACGACCAAACUUUGAAUGGGACCCAACCAUCAGUCAACAAGCCAAGGAUGAAAAACUCAGAGAACAAAUCGAAUGGGAACUGGAUGCGCUAGAACAAGCAGACGUCAUUUUAUUCUUCUUCGACGUCGACACCAACAGCCCAGUCACUCUGCUCGAGUUGGGUCUGUGGGCACCUUCCGGCAAGGCGGUGGUUUGCUGUGGUCAGCAGUACCAUAGAUCUGGCAACGUUGACAUGGUGUGUGAGAGGUACGGCGUCCCGAUGGUCGAGACGUUGAAAGACUUGGUGCCAAAGGUCAAGGAGAUGCUGGUGCAGAAGGGCAUGAAACUUGACGAUAAUGGCGACUUGAUCGAGGAGAAUGUUCAUGUGACCAAGGAGAAGCCCAAGUCGAAGCUGAAGCUGGAGGAGGAGAAGGCUGAGUUGCAGAGGCAGGUCGAUGCGCUCAAGGCGAUGCUGGCGGCACAGUCGAAGAUGUGA